AUGACAUCAGCAAGUAUUGUGGGCCCAAUUGGCAAAGGAAAGCUCAAGACUGCAUUAGUUAUUAUGUCUACUGAAGAAUUUCAGUUCCAAGAGCCAGAGCAAGAACAAGAUAAAUCAAACAGUCUAUUCUUCACUAAUUCAGAAAGAAAUGAAUUAAGUGAUAAUCCAUUACGGAAAGAUUCUCCAAAAACACUUCUUCCCAAUGCAAAUGUAAGCGGAGGAAGGCCAGAUAGCAAAGCCUCAAAUUACUUUAUAGCCCUAGAUUCAACUAUUGAAAGUCUUCAGGAAAGAACACAGCAACUAAUUGAUAAGAUUAAUGAGAAUAGGAAGAAAGACCAUGUACUCAUGAACAACUUCAGGGAAAGUCUUCUGAUGAAGGUUUCAAGCUUGGCAGAAAAAUUGGAGGAAAGUGUAUUUCCUGUUUAUGACCAUAAUAACAAGCUUAUUCAGGAUAAGCUGCAAGAGCUUUCUGAGAUCAUGGAGAAGAUCAGACAGAUUGAAAAUGAACUCAAGCAGGUUUGUCAUACCGUGGAGAUGAUGUAUAAAGACCUGUGUGGUCAACCUGAACUGUAAUCUCAUGGAGAAAAAAUAAAGGAGAGGGAAAUAAUACAGUAAGAAAGAAAGAAUAUAUAAAAUAAAUAAAUAAAUAUAUCUGUGUACCAGUAAGUAGUAAUUUGGCUUCUUUGAAUUGCAAAAUGGCAUCCAAAUCUAUUCUGUUCAUAGGUAAGUUUAUUUUCUUGCAUUCUUUUGGUUUUUCAUUACUCAUUUGCAAAUGAGUUACUUUCUAGUUCAUAAUGUCAAUAAAAUUAAUUACAUUAAUAUACAGUAAUUUACUUUCUUUUCAAAACAUUUGAACUAUUAUCAGUAUUUACAGAGGUAUACAAUCAAUAAAUACCCUAGCAAGUGUAGUCAGUAUGUACCCAUGUUUCCUUGAAAAUAAGACCCAGUCUUGUUUUUUUAGGCUCUAAAAGGGAGCCAAAAAUUAUUAGGGCUUAUUUUCCAGGAAACAUGGUAUCAGGGUGAUGGCAAGGGACCAGUUUUCACCACCUUGCUCCAGCCUGUAUCCACCCCCUGGCACGCACACAAGAGGUAGCGAGCAUGCGGGGCCAACGAUGGCCGGUAGCAACUUCAGCCCACUGCCCCCUUGCCCAGCACACCCUGGGGCGGCGCAGACUACGCAGUGCAGGUGAGUCCAAGCCUGGCUGGCCCUCCAAGCAGUAACCAAAGACAGAGGCGCAGGGGGAGGCAUGCGAUCCAGCCCACCGGAUGUACUGCAUGGCUACCUGUCCUGUCCCAGCUGUAGGCAACCAAAGACAUGGUGGGAUGGAGUGGACAGGCUACCAUGUGACACAUCCAGUUGCCCCGGAUUGUGUGCCUCCCCCACCUCUGCCUCCACCUGCUGUCCUGGUGGUUGUAGCAUUCACACUCACUUGCACGGUGCAGGCUGCGCAGGCCGAAUGCGCUGACCAAGGGGCCAGCAGACUGCUGCUGCUGGAUACCGUUGGACCCCGCGCA